UAUAGCUGUCAAGAGGGCUUUUAUGUUCAUUUACGAAGUGUAACGUAAAUAAUUUUAAGAUAAUUGGUAAAAACCAUUUUGUUUUACGCUAUCCCGUUAAUUAAUCUGCACUCAAUCACUUCUACAAUAAAAUGAAACUUUCAAAAUGAGUCAAGCCAUGUGCAAUGUGCUUUAAAGAUUGUGUUUUGUAACUUCAAGUCCAUUCGUAACGAUACAAUGGAUAUUCACUCUGAAUAUAUGGAACCUGUAACGCCAGGGCUAAGUUACGAUAAUUUUGGUUAUUGGAAGACUGAAGAUAGCGGCUACCAUACUUCAUACACCCCAGGUUCAUUAGAGUGUUCAGAGAUAUCCAGUGAAAACUUCAACCCGAUAUUCAAGGGCCAAAUUGGCUUUACAGGACAGUUUCAAGUGGGCUGUUAUGAUAUUCAAUCAGAUGUCAAUUUUCGACCAACGUUGCAGUUUAGUGCAGGAAUUAUCCGAUCAAGAGAAAGUUAUGCAGAAUCACCACAAAAUCGAAGAGGUAUCAAACGAGCGUAUAAUGGAGAACCAGAAAAUAGAGAUGUCAACUGUGGCUCCAUCCCAACUCCUACAACUAUGAUAGCUGGAGGUUUAUGUAAACUAAGGUUUAGUGAUAAAAAGUUCAAUGGAUCUUAUUCUUCUGUAAGUUUUGAUUCUGCAGAUCUCAUAGCUGGAGAUUUAUGCUCAAAAAAUGAACAUAUGCACACUCCAUAUCCUACAACACCAAUUAAAAAAGUUUGUAGAAGUAAUUGCAAGUUGAGUAGUCCUUUGAACCCAAGAAAACCAGUAAAGAAACUUAACUUUGCUAUGCACUCUCUGUUGUGUGACACACAAGCACUACAACCAAUCCUCAAGCCUAUAAAACCUCACAAUAGUGCUGCUAAGGCAUAUAAGUUUAGGCCAAAUCAGAAAAUUGACAUAAUAAAGAUGUUGUAUCAAGAAGCAAAUGUUAUGCCGCCAAUAAUGAAAAUUUUCAGUUAUUUGUCAAAUGAAGAUAUUUAUAAGUUUACUUUAGUGAGCCCUCUCUGGGAAAAGGUUUGGGAAGAUGUCAGCAAGGUGAAGUCUAAAAAGCAGGAGUAUUUACACUACCUUCAGGAUGUAAGGGAUAAUUGGGAAAAUAAAAUGUCCACUCCAAAGAGUGGUGAAACAAAUCAAAUAAGACCUUUAAUGGAGAUUCACAAUGUGUUAAAUAAUCACAAUAUUUUAACCAAGACUACAAGUAUUCCUAUUAGCCCUCCAGGAACACCUAAAACCAUAAAAUUCAAAAGAUUUGCUAAGGCUGCCUCAUUAGAUCUACGGCAGCAGCUAUCCUGUGGGCGAUGUCAACAACCUGCCAAAGUUACAGAAGAAAGUUCUGGAGAGGAAUGGGCCGAAUGCACCAGUGUCAGUUGCUCCUACCAGUUUUGCAGGUUUUGCAAGUGUGAUAGGCAUCCAGGUAAGAAUUGCUUUAAAUACGACCUUGAUGGCCCUAGUCCUUCAAAGAGAAAGAAGAAUACAUAUGCUGUAGGCACCAAGAAAAGCAGAAAAAACUUACGAAGACUCCUGUGACUUUAAUGUUAUAGUAAUUGUAUUCUGAUGUACCAGUGAUUUACAUAGGUUUUGUUUGCAUUCCAUACCCAAAGAUAUGAUGAUUUCAAAAAUCAUUUGUAAGAGAUUAGUAUGAAAUAAUUUUGAUUUUAUACAAUUGGGGAUUCCCCAGGUCUGAUUUUGUGCCAUUUUUUAUUUGAUAAUUUUAAAGUAGACAGCAUUAACAAUUUACUUUAAUACCUCUUGCUGAUGUAUUACAAUUUUUUCAAAAUUUUCUAAAGGCAACAACUUUGUUAAAUCUUUUAGAAUGAAAGCAUACCACUACUACAAUGUAGUUACCUCACUCCUUCAGUUACUUAAGUCAGUAUUAAGUACUUAACCAGCCCAAUUGUCUAUCCAUUUAGCAUUGUCCAUUUGUCCUGUUGCUGCUUGCAUUGCCCCUCAUGAAAUAAAACCCAAAGAAGGAUAGUAUCUCUGAAUAUUUAGUUAUGAAUGACGUGUUCCAGGAACGACAAUCUUAAUUUUCUGUAAUCUGCUAAACCAAACGUAAGCCUCUUUUUCCUUUUGUAAAUUGUGUGUACUUCUGUAUAGUAAUGACAGCUCAGUCCAAAAGAAGGAUGUGUGUAUACAAAGUUGUUUAAUGCUAAAGUUUAAUGCUUUUAGAAAAUUUUUGUUACUACUAGAAUAUUCUCACGGAGGAUUACCCAUGAUGUAGGAUAGUGUAAUAGACUGAUAUUAUAUUGCCAUAAACAAUAACAUAAGGUUGACAGUUUUUUGUUAUGUAUUAAGUAAUUUGAGCUCAAAAUUUUGAAGGGUUUUUAUAAUUUUAAUUGUAACUAGUUAUACUAUGCUAGAUUUAAAUUUUUUGGGAUCUUUUGUCAUAAAAUUCAGUUAAUAAUAAGUACAAAGAACAUCAACUGUGAUAUUACAAGUAAUACUUCAGUCAUAUCAUCAGUUUUUACGGUUCAAAGCACACAACAUUUUUGCACUGUUUGACAAUGUCUUACCUCACUUAUUUAGGAAAUAAAUCUUGUAUAACAUAGUUACUCAUUAGAGUUAUUAAAAUUACUACUUAGUUUGCAACAUCACUGUAUAUGUUUUUUUAAGUUGAUAAUUAAGAUAUCUUAAGAUACUGUUGAUAAUUUUUUUUCGAAUAUGUACUUGGUCAAUUUUCUCAAAUCACAUUAGUUAUCACAACAAACAUUCAUAAAAGUAAGUGAUAUAACAUUGCAUUGUUUGUAUUUUAUCAUUUUUAUGUAAUAACUUCUCAAUUAUUGGAAGAUAAUCUUAGCAGGUGUAACAAACCUGUGUUUUUUUAAAAUACUUUAUUAUUUUACUGCAACAAGUAAAAUAUUAUAAUACUCUUAUUUUAUUCUAGUCUUUAAUUCGAAAUGUUCCAUUUCAUUCUUAUUUUUAGAAAAAAAAAACUGCCAGCAGCAGUUCUUAGGUUCUUUAUCCGGUUAUAAGUAAAAUAGUUAAAAUUCUGAAUUAUUGACUUUCCCCCAGUGUUUAAAGAUAUUAGUUUACAGUGAAACUGGCCAUUCAACUAACAUAAUAUUGUUCAAUCAAUCAUUCACAUAAGACUGGAUGAUAAGUCGAGCCAAUGCCAUGCAGAUCUUCCUAAAUGUCACCACCUCUAAAAAGUUUUUAUAGCCGUAUUAGUCUAUAUUAACAUUGUAAAGAGGUAGUUGUUCGCGUUUUGUAUUCCACUGCAACUUAGCUCUUGACUGUAACUUCUCUUGAUGAUACAGCAUAGGCUGAGAUAGUUGCGGGCUAACUUGGAAGGGGUAUGACUGUUUGUAUUAAGCCCACACCCCAUAUCGGUUUCUACAUGGUAUCGGACUGGAAUGCUAAAUUGCUUGUGAGUUUGUAUGUAGAUGGUAAUCUCCGGAAUUAAUCAUCUGAUUCGGAAAAUUCUUUCACUGAUAGAUAGCUACACUAUUGCCGAGGCUAUUUAUAUAACGCGGACUAAGUGCCGUACAAAAACUAAUUUAAAUAACACACAGAGUGGAGUAGCAUACUCGCAUAUUCGUUUGGUUAGAAUUAUCGUUUAACCUUAGUGAAAUAAUAUGGAGAUUACAUAUCAUUGUGGCUUUAAGAACAGUAAAGUAGCACAUUGGUAAGAAAAACAUGGGCCAAAGUAGCAACUCAAUCUUAUAUUAAAAACUUGUUUUAUAACGGUAGUUGGUAAUAGGUGCCAAUAUCCUGAUCAAAAAGGGAAUGUGAGUUGAAAAGCUUCGGUAAAUAUUGAAGGGUUAAGAACGACAACACACGAAGUUUACUAAAAAACUCGUGCCCAUUUGCCGACAUGAGUGUUUCAAACCUGUUCUUAAAACCGCUAUAACACAGGCUUAACAGCGACAAAAAAUAUUUUGCGCAGCGUUUGCGGUUAGUACAUUUCUUUCAUUCCAAAAUCCAAAUCCAUGCACGCAGUAUUCUAAAGUUAGUCAAAUGUAUACCUAAAACAAACGUAUCUAUUUAAAAGCCGGCUAAGUGCGAGUCAAACUCGUGCACCAAGGGUCCUGUAUCUUAAAAAGAAACGUAUACCAAUUAGUUUUUUGGUUAGAUAAAAUUUAUUCGGCUGCUUACCUCAAAAAUAAAUCCCGUUCGGGACUGCAUAUUUGUUUGUAAAAAAUAUUGCUCAUUAAAAAUAAACUUUAGAAAGACAUCACUAGAUUCAUUUUAAAUCAAAUCAAAUAAUUUUUUAGAAUUCCUGUAAUAUUUUAUAAACCUUUAUUAACUCUAAUUAUUUCAGAUUUUUCGCUUUGCGAACUUCGGAAAUAAGGCGCAUGAUAUUUUUGAGUCAUUUUUCAAAAAAAAUAUUAAAAAGAUGCGACUUAGGGAAAUAAAAAUCUAUUUUAAGUUGUGCAAAUGAAGCUUUUAAUGUCAUUUCCCAAUUGAUCUAAAAAAAAUAGUUUAAAAUUCGGCCGCUUUUGUAAUAAGUAAUAUUUCUUGCACUGGGCAAUCAUUAUUAAAUCUAUUCCAAACUUCAAGUUUACGUUUUCGACAUACGUUUACUAAAAUAAGCAGCUGUGACGGACGGACCGAUGGACUUUAGUUACACCAUAAGCAAUUUUCACAAUUUUGAUACAGAAUAAGUUUAAAAGCUAAUUAAGUAUGUAUAUAAUAUUUAUAUGUAUUGGGAUUCAGUAUCAAACAUCUCAUACGAGAUUAUGUCAUUGGACAAGAAGGUAAAAUCUCGUACAAAACAACGAAGUAUUUUAAUCUUAACCGGAAAAGUAAUAAUAAUAAUUAAUAGUUUCAUUUUUAAUAUUAUCUUAAUGUGCCUUAAGAAGAAUAAAAGGCUUAAGCCUUGGGACCAAUACUUGCAGGUUUUAUGUGUAUUUUAAAUUUGUAAAUAUUUAAAUUGGAAUAAGUACUAUUUUAUUACUUUAACAUGAAAAGAGUCAUUUAAGUUAGUUUUUGAACGAUUAACUUCGUAGUUAUAGUGUUUUUUAAUAUAGUUUUAGUUAAAACUUAAAUCAUUUCUGAAAAUAAAGUCAAAAAUUACAUCCACAAUUUCACAACAGUAUUUUCGUAAUUUUUCAAAUUAGGAUUAUGUUACGAGGCAAUUAUUAAUAUACAUCGGGUUAUUAUCUAUAUUAUUAAUAUUUCAUAAGAACAAAUGCCUACCAUUUUCCAUUCAUAUACCUAACUUUUAUAUAUUGAUUACAUACAACUUACAACACCUGACUGCAUGUCGUGUAGUUUCGGAUAAGACUGAUCUAUAAAUCAUGGGAUAUAUAGAAAAGAUUUGAUUUGAAACCACAAAGUAAUCAUCACGAUCAACCCAUCGCUGGCGCACUACAGAGCACUGGUCUCCUCUCAGAGUGAGAAGGGUUUUGGAUAGUCGUAGUUUUGGAUAGUCGUAUCAGAAUGGUCGAGUGCGAAUUGGAAGAUUUCACACUCCUUAUUAUGGAGAACUCAGAACUCUCAGGCAUGCAGGUUUCCUCACGAUGUUUUCCUUCACAGUUAAAGCAAGGGAUAUUUUAAUUACUUAAAAGGUAAUUUCGGUACUUAAUGUAUUAACAAAAAAUAAAAAUCGGCAUACACAGCUAGUUGUACCUAAUUGUCUUAUAAAUUCCACCAACAGGCACAGAAUAUAUAAUAUAAUCUCAAUGCUUCAGGAUUGUUUAUAAAUGUAGUUUAAUCAUAGGUAUCACAUAUUGUCUGAUUUUUAUAUUUUUCGUUAUAUCACAAAGAAGUUAGAGUAACUAUUUCAACUCUACCUCAAUAAUUCCGAUCUAAUCUAGAAUUAAUAUUUUGUGUUUGUGUGUGUCAAUUAAGUAUUUUAUAGAAGGGAUGUAAUUUUUCAAUUGAUAAAUUUGUGAUUCAAAACACUUGUUACUAAGUAGUAGGUAUCUCCCGAAAACAGAAGUAAACUUAUUUCAAAUUCAUUUUCGUAAUUUUUCCAAUAUGUUCGUUUGAGUCUAUAACUUCUGAAUGAGUGCAUAUAAUUAAAAUAUACAAUAUAAAAAUUAUAAUUUAUGUAUUAAACGUAACAUUUUGGACCUGAAGGGUAUUACGUUAAUCAAUACCCCCAAAGCGACGUUCAGGAGGAACCAUUAGUAUUUUGAAAGUGACUAUUUGAAAAAAGUUUGCAAUGUCAUGUCUAGCAUUUCCCAAUUCCAACAAUUUUAGAUUAAUAAUAAUAGAUUUAUUUAUUUAUUUGUAAAUAUAUGAUUUUAUUAUCCAAAAUGAUUGCAAUUGAUAUUUUGUUUAAAAAUCUCUUUAAUUUUAGCCAUUGUAUACCUAUUAUUUGUCUGUAAUAAUUAUUAUUACAGAUAAUUAAUUGAUAAACUUUCCACUUUUAUUUUAUUUUCAUGCUGUAAGUUAAGUUUGUGUUAUUUCAGCAUCUACGUUACGAAUUGUAAGUAGUUUUAAAUACUUAAUUUUCAAUUGAACAUGCGAAUGCUUGAGAAGCUCUCUGUGUCUAAUUUUAAUAAAACUUAAUAUAAUAAUA